AUGGCCAGCCAAGCACAAGCAAGAUUUGACAAACUCUUCCAGAACAAACCUAAACCUGCAAAACCGAUAAAGGAUGGCCCAGGCUUUGCAGAGAGGGAGCUGGCAGAGUACAAGCGACGGCAGCAGGAGCUUGAAAAGGCACGACAUCAGCCUGAUCAUGAUGAAGAUACUGACCAGCCAUCGGAUAAAGAACAGGCCUCAGUACCAGCUGUUAAGCAACCAACACGCCUGAUUAAGCCCAGUCAUCGUUACCCUAGGUCUUCAGGUCCAGGUCGCCAGCUGGAUCAUAUCCCAGGAACCGAUCCAGAAGCAAUGGUAUUUGUGCCUGGAGGGAUCUGGUCAGGUGGGUUGGCUGCGACCAAGCUGGACACUGAGCCCAAUCAUGAAGACAUUGAACCCGCUUCGUCAAGCCCAGACUGCAUCGGCCGUUUUUGUGUCUUCAAUCUGGUCACCAAAUUCCCCUACAAGUAUCUGCAAGAUCCAGGUAAUCGUGUCUCGAAGCACUUCUUUGCUGGGGGACAAAUCUAUCAAAGAAAUUGGAAUCUGUACUACAUCUUUGGUCCAAACUCUGUGGGUAGGAAGAUCCUAUUGCUUGUUCCUUACGAUCAGGUCAAAGUUCUAAUCGACCAAAUCAACAAUGAGUUCAAGCUCAAAGUCAGUACUCCCGAAUACCCGUUUCAGCUAUCCUUCUACAAAGAUGGUACUCCUUGCCCACGAUUCUUGGGAGUGGUGAACUCUAAAGACGACUGCUUCGCCCUUCAGCAGAGCCUUGGAGACCCACCAGAGAAUUACGGCCAAGUUCCUUCGUCAGCAAACGACAUAGUAAAGCAAGAUUACCACGCAUGGCACGAGAAGCUUGAGCGAGCUUGCAGCUCCGAAAAGAAGGGCAAGAAAGGAGGUAAAAAGAAGACCCGAGCAAGUCAAGGCUGGACGAUUGCGCAGUAUGCCGAUCAACUAAGGAGGGCUCAAAGAUAUUUCGGACUCAAGCCAAGUGGUCCAAAAACACAGAUAAUGGACGGCAACAGCAGUACAAGAGUUCUUGUGGAACCUCUCAACGUGAAUGCACCAGCUCCAUUCGCAUUCGAGGACGGACCAAUCAUCAUCACGAUCGACGUCGAGGCCUAUGAACGUGAUCACAGUAUUGUGACCGAGAUCGGCGUCAGUACACUCGACACAGCAGACUUGCUGAAUCUUUCACCUGGGAAACAAGGAGAAAAUUGGAUCAAAAAGAUCAGGUCACGACACUUUCGAAUCAAGGGUCGCGAGCGCUUCCGAAACACAGAGUUUGUACAUGGUAACCCAGACAUGUUUCAAUUCGGCCUCUCAGAAUUUGUUGCAAUUGAUGAGGCUGCCGAUGCUGUAGAUGACUGCUUCGAGUAUCCAUUCUCUGCAGGAUUUGAAUGCGAGGGGCCAGUUGAGCGAGACGAGCAGGGUCUGCCUGUCAAGACGUCGAAUAGAGUCCUGGAUACCAACGGAUCUCACCUUAAGAAGGACAAAUCCCGAAACAUACUGCUUAUAGGUCACGACACGGGUACUGACAUUGAGUAUCUCGCAUCGAUGGGCAGCUCCAUAUUCGGUAAAGGCACGGCGAUGUCGACGACACAUCCUUCUACAAGCCGUUCACAGCAUGUUCGCACUUCAGUCCGAGAGCAGCUUGACACGGCUGUGCUCUACAAAGCUCUGACCAACAAUGCGCAGCGCAUGUCUCUAACCAAAGUAUGUUCGGAAUUGGAGAUCGAUGCGUGGUACACUCACAAUGCAGGUAAUGAUGCGCGGUACACUCUAGAAGUUUUUGUCAAAACUGUCAUCAAAGCCCGCCUGCAAGAGGACGCUGGUGUUGUGCAGGAAAACGCCGCAAAUCCCCCAUCAGCAGAUACGUCUAGGAAAGGAGUGAAAGAAGGGCAGAAGACUAAUGUUGACCUCGAAGCCGCUCGUCUUCAGAUGGCGACGAAGUCAACAGACACAGCAGCAGCUCAGUUUGACAGCUCGUGGGAUACACCGGCUGCAAUAGAGGGCGAAAUCGCCGAGGGUCCGCAAGCUUGCUCUGAUGGCGAGUAUCCUUAUUGA